AUGUGGAAAACCCUUCAAGCAAACCACUCCUUUCACCUGGUGGCGACCCUGACUGCGCUCAGCUUUGCGCUGAUGGGCUAUGAGAAUGGGCUAUUCGGUGGUCUCAUCGACAAUCCGCAGUGGAAACAGAGAUUCGCUUACCCUUCAAGACUGAGCAUGUCAACGAUUGUUGCUAUUUACCAGAUUGGCUGUCUCGUUGGAUCAAUGAUCACCUUCGUAUGCGGAGAAGCUCUGGGCCGGAAAAUGACCAUCAGGAUCGGUGCCAUAGGGAUGUCGGGCGGCGCGCUACUACAAACUCUGGCCCUUUCUCGUGAAUGCCUCACAAUUGGCAGGGUUCUCAGCGGCAUAGGAAUGGGUUUCAUCAGCUCUACGGCCCCGGUGCUACUGGCAGAAGCCAGCCCACCUGAAAGUAGGGGAAGACAUGCUUGCGCUCAACUUUCAACGCUCAACUUUGGGAUUUGUCUUAGCUACUGGAUGAACUAUUGUACCACGAUGCGGUUGACAGGCUCGGUAACUUUCCAGCUUCCUAUAGCUUUUCAGUAUUCCAUGAUAAUCCCGAUCGCCGUCCUCACGUGUUUGGUUCCCGAGUCGCCCCAAUGGCUAAUGUUUCAUAAUCGAGCGCCAGAGGCUCUCGCCUCGCUCAGACUGUUGGAAGGCGCCCAGCCGGAUGAAAUCGCACUCCGAUCCAGAUUCCUCGAGAUGGAGGCCAACGCAAUAUACGCCCAUUCGAUCGAGGACAUAGGUUACAAAGCCUUGUUCCAAAACGACGGCCUCAGAACGCGUGAAAGGAUUCUGAUUGCCUGCUCGGUCCAGUGCUUCCAGCAACUUGGAGGAGUUAACGUCAUUGUCUACCAUGCACACUUCAUGUUCUCUUCGUGUCUAGGCUUUUCAGAGCAGGCGACGGGCUUGAUAUCUGCAUUGUUAUUCACCUGGUUUUUGAUCGCGUCUUUCAUCCCGUGGUUCCUGAUUGACACCUUCGGACGCAGACUUCUAAUGAUCCCUUCUGUCGCAAUAAUGGGAUCAAUCUUUGCAGCCUUGGCAGGGGUGGCCAAGCAAAUCGAAGAAAACGAGAAUUCUCAUCAGUCUAGGAUGGCCGCCGUCGUCCUGUUUUUUGUGUUCCUCGCAGUAUUCGCAAUAGGAUUUCAAGCUACUGUUUGGUUUUAUCCUCCAGAAAUCCUGCCCCAGAGGGUCCGCGCUCAGGGAGCGGCACUUGCUACAGCUUGCAACUGGAGUCUAAACUUUGUCGUGGUAGAAUGUUUCCCCUUGGCAACGGAGAAAAUUGGUUGGAAGACGUAUCUGAUUUUUAUGGCCCUCAAUAUUUCAUUCGUCCCAAUCAUGUUCAUUUUCUAUCCCGAAACGAAGGGCAAAUCACUUGAAGAAAUCGAUCUCAUGUUUGGAGACGCGGUCAGUGCCGAGCUGCGCCGACAGAAAAUGAACGAAAUUCAGACCUCACUCCACGGGAUUGAUGCACUGGGAGAAGAAGGCCGGAAGGACCUAGAUCACAAGCGCAAAUCAAAUCAUCCGCCGUAUCGAAGCUCAUCAACCCCCGAGGGGGAAAAAGCUUGCGACAAUAUUGCCUGA